GUAUGUCUAGCCGCACUAAACGGGAGACGCGGAGCUCCGCCCGGGGCAAGCGGGAUGCGGAGUCCCGGAGCAGCUCGAGCCGGUCGAAGCGGGAGCGGGAUCCGGAGACCUCGGGGUCUCGGGGAAGCCCGGUGCGCGUAAAGCGGGAACGGAACUCGGAGCCGUCGGCCGCGCGAGACUACUCGAGCGGGAGCGUGCCCGCGCUCGUGCCCGCGCCGCCGCUGUCGGGGGCGCGCGUAAAGCGCGAGCGCGAGAUCGAUGAGGAUUCUGAACCCGAGCGGGAGGUGCGAGUGCGAUAUGGACGCCUUGACUCUGAGGAUCGAAGGAGCCGACAUUGCCCCUAUCUGGACACCAUUAACAGGAGUGUCCUGGACUUUGACUUUGAGAAGCUCUGCUCUAUUUCCCUUUCACACAUCAAUGCGUACGCCUGCCUGGUGUGUGGCAAAUACUUUCAGGGACGAGGGUUGAAGUCUCAUGCCUACAUUCACAGCGUCCAGUUCAGCCACCAUGUUUUCCUUAAUCUGCAUACCCUCAAGUUUUACUGCCUUCCAGACAACUACGAAAUUAUCGACUCCUCCCUAGAGGAUAUCACUUACGUCUUGAAGCCCACAUUUACCAAGCAACAGAUUGCAAACUUGGACAAGCAGGCCAAGCUGUCUCGGGCUUAUGAUGGUACCACAUACCUGCCCGGUAUCGUAGGACUGAAUAAUAUCAAGGCCAAUGACUAUGCAAAUGCUGUGCUUCAGGCCUUGUCUAAUGUCCCACCUCUCCGGAACUACUUCCUCGAGGAAGAGAACUACAAGAAUAUCAAACGUCCUCCUGGGGACAUCAUGUUCCUGUUAGUUCAGCGCUUUGGAGAGUUGAUGAGGAAGCUGUGGAACCCUCGGAACUUCAAGGCCCAUGUCUCUCCCCAUGAGAUGCUGCAGGCUGUUGUUCUCUGCAGUAAGAAGACUUUUCAGAUCACCAAGCAAGGUGAUGGAGUAGACUUUCUUUCCUGGUUCCUGAAUGCCUUGCACUCAGCUCUAGGAGGGACAAAGAAGAAAAAGAAAACUAUUGUGACGGAUGUUUUCCAGGGAUCCAUGAGGAUCUUCACUAAGAAACUGCCGCACCCAGAUCUGCCAGCAGAAGAAAAAGAGCAGUUACUACAUAAUGAUGAGUACCAGGAGACAAUGGUUGAAUCUACCUUUAUGUACCUGACCUUGGACCUUCCCACAGCUCCACUUUACAAGGAUGAAAAGGAGCAGCUGAUCAUCCCCCAGGUGCCACUCUUCAACAUCUUGGCCAAGUUCAAUGGCAUCACUGAGAAGGAAUACAAGACGUACAAGGAGAACUUUCUGAAGCGCUUCCAGCUCACCAAGCUGCCCCCAUAUCUUAUCUUUUGUAUUAAAAGAUUCACCAAGAACAACUUCUUUGUGGAGAAAAAUCCAACCAUUGUCAACUUCCCCAUCACAAAUGUGGACCUGAGGGAAUAUCUCUCUGAGGAAGUACAGGCCGUACACAAGGACACCACCUACGACCUUAUCGCCAACAUUGUGCAUGAUGGGAAGCCCACCGAGGGCUCUUACCGGAUCCAUGUGCUUCACCAUGGGACAGGCAAGUGGUAUGAGCUCCAGGAUCUUCAAGUCACUGAUAUCCUCCCACAGAUGAUCACGCUGUCAGAGGCCUACAUACAGAUAUGGAAGAGACGGGACAGUGAUGAAACCAACCAGCAGGGGGCGUGAUGGGGCUCCUGCCUCCUUCCUCUCCAGCUAGGGAAGCUGGGGAUCUUCUGAGGACAGGAUGGGAGACGAGGCUGCCGGUUCCCCGUUUCCCGGGCCGGGUCUCUCUGCUGUCCCUCUUUCAGACUCGGUGUAACUCCAUUGUCCUCCUCUGUUAUUCUGUCUUCCAUUCCUGCUCCUGCCUGCUUCUGAGCGGGCUGGGGCUCUCUCACCGAUGUAAUUUAUUUCUGAGAGGCCAGUUACCUGAGAGAGUCCCUGAGAGAAGCCCUCAUCGUUCCUUCCAGGGCGCUGGGACCCUUCUUGAGCUUGCUCCCUUUGAGAGUGUGUGUUCUGGAGCCUAUUAAAAAUCCACGUGCUAUUCCUGAGCAAGACUCAGCAAGCACACUGGCAUUUUCCUCUUCCUCACGUGGAGGCUGCCCUGUGGGCAACACCAUGCUUCUUCUUCCCCAGAGAGCUCCACUAAGAAGGCCCUUGUUUGUAUCUAGUGCCUCGGGGAGUCCUUGGGACCUGUGGUGUAACCCUGGGCAAGUCACCUUCCCCCUGGCUCCAGCCGUCUCCCUGAAGUUGAGUUAUAGAUGAGGUGCCCAGCUUUGCUGGGGGAAGAAAUUACUACACUGGAAAAUGAAAUCUGUUUUGGAUUCAAAAGAAAUGGUACCUUAAAUUUACAAAACGUUUUGAUCACAACAGCCUUGGGUAAAGUAGGUAGUGAAUUGUUUGCCCCAUUUUAUAGAUGAGAAAACUGAGACUCGAGAGGCUGAGAUGCUUUACCCAUGGUCAUUCAGUCAGCAGGUAUCUAAGGUGGGAUUUGGAGCCCAGAUGAUCUGGCCCUUUCCAUUCCCCUUGUGCUCCUCCGAGGUCACAGGAGGGCCCUGCCCUUGGAAGCAAACUUGGGGGGCUUCCAAAGGGGACCUGAGUGAGCACAAGUCCCUCCAGUGAAGGUGCCAUGCUCUUCACACCAUUACCAAUUGAGUCAUCUUUAGAAGUACACAAAGGAGCUUACUGGCUUUUAAAGAGAAUUCUCUCGAAACAGAUUUCUUUUUGCAAAUUGAGGCUUUCUUAUAUUAGGUGUGUCUAAAGUGGCAGUGGGCCCUUACAUUGAAAUGAAACAGCUUGGCUCUGACCUCACGUACGCUCCGUGUCUCUGGACUCAUUGAGAAUCACACAUAUUGUCCGUAAAAGUCCUGUAUAGUCAGUGGCCAUCCAACUUCCCCUUUGGACUCUAGUGAAGAGGAGCUCACCACGGCUUGGGGGGAGCCCAUGCCAGCUUUGGAGAGCUCUUAUUCUUGGGAAGUUCUUAUUUUAAGUUCAUCAGGCAUUUACAUGCUGAGUGCUAGGAAUACAGAGAAAGGCCCCCAAAGCCUCUCAACCCCUGGCCUCGGGGAGAGCUCAUUUUAGUAGGGGAGACGACCUAGGAGUACCUGGCUACAGACGAGGUGUAUGCAGAGCAAAGGAAGGAAGGGCUCUCAGCUGGGGGACCAGAAAGAGCCUCCAGAAAGACCUGAAGGAAGCCAGGGAGAACGAAGGGGCGGAGCACAAUCUACCUCGGAUUGCCAACUGGUUCUGGUUGUGUUCUUGGGAACCACACAGAAUAAAUUGAAUUCUUUUUUGUUCUCACAACAGCCUUUCAAAUGACAAUAGUCAUGCCAAAAACCCCUCCCUCUAGCUUGCCCCCUGCUAACUUUGCUUUCAGCUCUCACUUUCCUGGUCAGCCCCUGUGUGUGUGAAUGCUUGUCUGGGCGCCCCCCAAAGUGAGGGAGUUUGCAAAGCCCUCUGGACAACGGGUGACUAAAAGAUUCUCAAAGCUGUGAUGGCAUCCAGAUGACCGUUCCCAUUCAUGCCUGCUCCAUUUCCUGGGACUCAUCCAUAGUCUGCCCUUUUCUGACCAGCCCAGAAACCACCCCUGGAGCUUUCACCUCGUCAUCCCUGAAUGCCUGAGACCUCACGGUCUCCAUCUGGAUGCCAGCUCCAGCCACACCACAUGAGUCACCUCUCCCUCCCCUGCUUUAUCGUUCUGGAGCCACGGACAAGUCGCUGUGUCUGGAAAAGGUACAUCGGCCUUCUCCCUAGAUCCAAAUGUUCACUGUCUGCGUACCUUGCCAAACCUCCCUCCCUCCCUGUGUGUGUCUGCUGUUAGAAUGUAAGCUCCUCCAGGGCAGGGACCGUCCGCUUUUUUGGUGUGUGUAGCUCCAGAACAUAAAUAAACGCUUUUUCUUUCGUA